AUGAAGGUCAUAUUCAGCCGCUCGCUUCAGCUGUAUCUCACUAGAGUUUCAAAGGUUCUUCCCCUACAUAAUGAAUUUAAUGUUCCCGGCGUACACCGACCCUAUCUUCAUUUUAACCGAGAAAAGGUGAUUUGCCAAAGGGCAAUGGGCCGAGAGCCAAAAUCCAUCGGCGAGGCCGUCAAUGCUCUGAACACUAUUCGGAUGAGAUCAUCAUCCGCCGGACAGGAAGACCGCGAACUCCGGUGUUUCAGGACGUGCACCUAA